AUGUCUGACGCUGGCGAGGAGUGGCAGGUGGCCGGGAGGCGAGGAGGAGCAGCGCGGAAAUUCAAAUCUCUCCAAGUGUCGUCCGCUUCAACGUGCUGUCAAGAGCAGUUGGAUAUCGGGAAAACUGUUAAACGAAUCAAAGACAUAGUGUCUGAGUUAAGCUUUGAGGACUUUUGGCAGGAGUGGAAAGAUCAGGUGCAGGAGGCUGGAUCAGUGACCCUGUCGGUUGCUACAGAGAAUAGGGACACAGAGCCUCCCCCUGACCCGCAGGGGGAGGGCACGCUGUGCCCACAGCUGGAGUGUGUGUGUUAUGGCCUGGGCACCUUCUCUUCCUGUGUGUCCGCUCGCUACCAGCUUGCUAUGUUGCUUCUGCUACUGGAUGCAGGCCAGAUUCCAUGGAAGAACUGCUCUGUUUACGACCCUGCAUUCUCCUCUGGUGAGAGGGAUGUUUUAAGGGAGCUGGGUCUCACUGUGCUCACAGAAAAUGAGGAAGGAAAGCGCCUGAUAACGAAGCCCACACUGUUUUAUCUCAUGCAUUGUGGGAAAGCGUUGUACAACAAUCUUCUGUGGAAGAACUGGAGUUUACAAUGUCUUCCGCUGAUGGUCAUUAUUGGAAACAGCUUCAAAGGCAUGUGGGACAGGGCAAUCGAGAGAGAGUUCAAGCAGGACUACGGCUACAUUAGUCAGGCUGUGUCUGUGUGUGAAGAGAGACCACUGCCUUGUCCGUCCCGUGUAAUUGACACCUUCAGUGACACAGCAGUCAUCACCUUUCCCACCCGUUGCCUUAACAAACUUCCAAAGUCCACCUGGGUGGAGCCACCUGAGCCACAGUACCAAGACUGCAAUGAGUUGGAGAUUAUACUGAGGCACAAACAGAGUUAAGAGUCUGUAUGUGGCGAUACACUGGUAUGGUUUUGUAAGGUGACAACUCACCCAUCAUUUCUAGUGCCUUUAAAUGAAAAAAACAACAACACUUUUGUUAUAUUCAUUCAUUUAGUUAUAGUUUUUCGUUUUCUGGGUACGUCAUCCUUUACCCUCAACUUUGUGACAGUACAGUUUUGCAAGUUUUUUGUUUUUUUUUUUUUUAAUUUAGAAUGUAUGAUAUGGUGCAGUUUUAUUAAAUUAUAUCUUUUAUGCUCUUA